GAGAAGCAGCCCCAAAAUGGAGGAUUUUACUGCCCGGACCUACGGGACCAGCGGCCAGGACAACAGACCUCUGUUCGGGGAGACGUCCGCCAAGGACCGAAUCAUCAAUUUAGUUGUUGGCAGCUUAACCACCUUGUUGAUUCUAGUGACCCUCAUCAGUGCUUUUGUUUUCCCUCAACUACCUCCCAAACCACUGAAUGUAUUUUUUGCUGUCUGCAUCUCUUUGAGUAGUAUUACUGCCUGCAUACUUAUCUACUGGUAUCGACAAGGAGACUUAGAACCGAAAUUUAGAAAUCUAAUUUACUAUAUCUUAUUUUCUAUCAUCAUGUUAUGUAUAUGUGCGAACUUGUACUUCCAUGAUGUGGGAAGGUGAAGCUGCCAAGAAGAAACACUUACCAGGACACUCUGUGAAUUAACUGCUGGAAAAAAGUAUGCUGAAGAAUCCUCUACAGAAGUCUGGUACAUGAUUUUCAUGUUAAUUGUAACUCUGAAUUCCCUCUUGCAAGGGAGCUGUAUCAUAGAUCUCUGCUUUCCUUUAAGAAGCUGAAACAUUCCAGCCUCAAAUGGCAAAGUAUUUUCACUUUUGAAAUUAAUUUCAUUUUUUACAAUUUAAUUGCAUGGCUCAAAUCUUGCAUUUUAAGACAAAUACUCUUUUAUUUCUGUUAAACUGGAUAUACAAUUAUUGUUCCCUAGGCAACCAACUUUUGCUUAUUACUACAGUUUCACAUUAAUAAAACACAGAUGGUGAAAAGACAACUUUGAUUGUGAAGAUCUAAUUACAAUAAUAAAUAAAAUAAUUUA